GCCUUCACCGGAUUAACAUUUUUUGAAGCGGUUUCGUGUCGCUAGUACGGAGAGAGAGUUGUGCAGCGCUAAAACAUUUCUCUCGCUCUCACCUGCAUCGGCAGCCCGGCGGCUCCAUAGGUGAUCGUCCAUCUAACAACACUCUGUGGCGAGGAUCGCGAGCCCGUGUUUAUGUGUUUCGCGGUAUGUGUUGGCGAUCGCGCGAGGAUUGAUCAAUCGGUUCGUUCGUUCGUUCGUCCGUUCGUCGCCUAGGUCGUGAUCAAUUGAAGUCUGUGAUAAUUCUGGGGACGUAAUCGGUGCCAUUGUUGUGUCGUUUAUUGCUGGGCUGUGCGUGUUCGACGACGACGCGGGGAUCAGUGAAUCUGUGUAAGUAGCUCCUAUGCUGGGAGCCCGAUGAGGACGACACACACCUGUUGAGUGUGUUCGAUGCGAUCCUGAUCGGUGUAUUGGUGUCAGUGUUUUUAUGCACAGAGUGUAACGGAAUUGAUCAGCAGCAUAGCAAACCCGGUUUUAUCUCGUCUGCUGCGGUUAUAAUCUUCUGGCAUCGGCCAAACUUGUUGGUGUGCAGCACAUCUGUUUGCUUUGGUGAUUGGCGGCCACUCUAAGGAGAUUUAUUUUGAUUUAGAUUGGCGAAAUUUUAACUAAAGCAAGAGUACAGUCCUAUGCAAAAUUUGAAAGUUUCUGAAUCAAACAGCCAGAAGCAUGGUCCAGCUGAUAGCGUGCGCUGAGUCUGAGUGAUGCAUGGACAGUGCUUUCGAAUCGAAUGCAAAGAAAUGAAUGAAAGGCAAUCGUUAUUUUGAUGGUGUGUGUUUGUCUGAUGGAAGCCAAUCGUUGUCAAGUGACGGCGCGAACAGAUAAGUGAUAACGAGUUUGCUGCUGACUAAAUUGUUGUGAUUUCUUCAAUGCCUACAUAGUGUUUACACUCACCGAAACCGUUUGGCCAUUGAGAUUGAGCGGCAGAUUAAGCUAAUAAUGGAAUUGUUGUUUCCUCGGAUGACUGAUAGGAUGAUCGUGUUUUGACAAUAACCUGUUCUCAAGGGGAUAUUGAAUUUCCAGUGAGUGACUAAUUAGUUUGACAUUAUGUCAAACUGGAUUCCAGAACGAAAAUAUUUGCUGCAACGAAAGCUAAUUGAGACUUCCUAGACUGGAUGUUCAGAAAUCAGGUGUUCCUGAUUCAGCCGACUGACAUCCGUGCUCAAGAGUCUGAGAAGACCAAGCCGCAAAACACACGUCCCCAUCGAUAUCACUGCAAAACAUCAAGUCCACUCGAUCGAUCGUCGAUUGUCGAUUGUUGCCCAGCAGAGCUGAGGUCGCCGCAUCGCCAUCGAUCGCGAACUACUCGUGGAAAGGAGGAAACAAAAGCCGUACGAAGGGGCCGCCCGCCGCCGUGGAGAUCUCAACGUCUGUAGUGGCAGCAUAGUGACGAACGCUUGGAGAACGACGACGACGGCCACCGUUCCGCGGGCACAGUCUUCGAUAGUGAGUGAGUGAGUGAGAUUGUUUCGCGUUCGCGCGCGCCCAGGUCUAGGCCAGUGACAGUGCGAUAACUCCAGCGUGAUAUUCAGGUCUAAGGGCGACGGCCAGAUAACGGGAUGGUUCCGGAUGGUGCUGAACUCCUGUAGGUCCUGGAUGCUGUAAACCUUGUUUAGGAAAAGGCCGUAACGAUCGUCAUCUUCCUUCCGAGCCAUACUACAGAGCGACGAGUGUGAGGUAGAUUACGUCGCGAGACGUCACAACACGUUCCGAUAGAGUGAGUGUAUUGGAGUCAUUAGAAGCCCAAGGAAUUCCUUGUGCAAACGAGCGAAAAAUCGUAGCGUGCGCGAGUGCCUCAGAUAAGAAAAUCGAACGUGAAGAGCGAAGGAUAAGCGGCAUAAGAUAAAGUGAUUGUUUAACCAGAGUGGCAGAAAAGUGAAAUCAAUUGAUUUUUCGGUUGAUCAAAAAGUGAAGCGCACCAACUGAACGGGGAUUAUCUUUUGAGCGAUAAAUUGUGCGGAUUCGGAUGAUAGUGUUUUGUGUUCACUAAACAAAUCCAUUGUUGGGUGGUGAGCAUUAUCGGCUCCCGCAAGUCAGUCGAUUGGUGAUUCGAUAAUCGUCACUUUGAAAGAAAUUAUACUUGAAAGAGUUGCGAAGAAAGGCAACGAAAGAGAGCUUUAGAGUUAGAUAAUUUAGUGCACUGCGUCAAUUCAUCGCAAAUAUUUACAAGUGGUUUCAACUUAUUUGCAGACGACAGAAAUUUUCAACCAAGUUGAUCGGAAAAGAAUAUGCACUACGAAAAGAAGAUUACAAAUUAAGGGUGAUUCGAAUGGUUAUGCGUUGAAGUCGUCAACACUUUUUAUCCGGUCUUACAUGAAGCGUAAAAUUAAUUCAGUUUUGGAGUGUGUUUUCGUGCUUGCCUGAAAGAGAUUGGGGAGCUAUUGUUCCCUUUAUUUAAAAGUGACAUACAUCGGUGUAGUGCUUCGGACGCAGCGGAUUGCUCUAAAAACGGUGGUGUGAACGAAGAUCGUGCUAACUUGACUAUCGUACCCAACGGUUCUGCGCCGCUCCUAAAAUUCAUUCAUCCCUCCACCAACAUUCCUCACGCAUCCUCCGCUUCCUUCACCACAUUCCCGGUGGUGCCAAUGGUGAACAGAACUGUGAACUCAAACCGUACGCGGUGAAAUUGAGGGCACCCCUUUUGUUGUGACUUGAUCCCAGUGAUUCCGUCCCCACUGAUCCUUCCCUCGAGAACCCAUCCCGUCCCAUCCUUCCGUCAGACCGGCGGUGCAGUGGUUUACAUCAGCUGAUCGGCAGCGGCCCAACCCGAAUCCCCCCAAACGUCGGAGCUAUGUUAAACUGUACGGAUCUCGCCUGCGUGCUGCACCACCACCACUUCUAUGCGCAUCUGCAUCACCUGAAGCAUCACCUGCAGGAUGACCACGACCACCACGGGCACCAUGGCCAUCACGAGAGCCACGACCAUCAUGACUCAGCUGGUGGAGAGGGGAGUGACGUAGAGACGAACAACAUUCAGGAUCUAUUAAACGAUACCGAUUCAGAACUUUCCUCCCUAUCGCAUGUUGAUGCUCCCAACGAUGUCCUGUAUAUGGUAUGUGGAGUUGUCAUUGCCAUGCUCCUCGUGGGCCUCAUCAUAGUUUUAGUAGCAGUCACAAUCAGCAAACUGAGAAAGCGCGAAGAAUCGUCCGUGAGUCCAGUGACGGCGACCAACGUGGAAGCUGCGCCACCGUCGUCGAACCAUAACCACAAUCAUCAUCAUAGCAACAACAGCAGCAGCAACAACAACAACCAUCAUCACAACAAUCACCAUAGCAGUAGUAAUAACAACAGCAGUCAGUUGGAGAACGGAUAUUCCGUGCCUACCCCGGUGGCGUUCCGACAAAGCCCGUCCAGUGUGUGGGUGUUUCCUCCGCUACCGCCGCAGCCUAACCUGUACCACUACAACGCCAAUAGUCAAGACGCGUUAGUACACAACGAGAAGACCGGCUUCAAGGGACUGAAGCGACAACUGUCGGGCCGCUUCAAGCGGCUAGUGUCGCGAAAGUCGCACGAACCUGCCCCAGCGAUACCGCCUGAGCUGAAGCCCCAGCUGAAGACGAUCUACGUUUAUUAAUAAUAACAAGGAUAAAAAACAAAAACAAAACAACAAAAACAGUAACGUUAAACUAAAACCCUACAAUAACACUUAUCUUUAAGAGACCGGAUAACUGUAAACAGUACUAACUUUUUUAGUGAGAUCAGUUUGUUUCCGAUUGAGAGAGCUAAUUACGAGAUUAGUGUUCAACGUUUCUUUCCUGGAGAAUUUUUGAUAUUUUGUUGAAGUCUGAUGACGAUUGAGAGAAUAAUUUGCGAGAGUGAGAGAAUAAGUGGAAGAUUUCCGUAAGCGAACGAUAGGGAUCGAUUUUUCCAGGAUGUUAAAUUUCCUAUGAGCAAGAUUUCAAUUUUUAUGCCACGAAAAGUAAAAAGAAAACGAAGAUUGAUAUUAAAAUCAGAUUUUUUCUAGACAAGAAAAAUUUCCGCUUGUACUCUUGACACUUUUGGGAGGCUUCCAAGCCGACCACCUAAUUGAUAUUGAUCCGCCAUUCCAGUUUGUCGAUUUAUGUUGGGUGUCACUGGCUCGUCCAGUGCGCAAAUGUCCAGGAGAACCGUGAAGCUUAACGAUACAGAAGUAAUUAUUAUUAUUAGUAAACCUAGAAGAAGACUGACACACACAUGAAAUCCAUUUUUUUUUGUUUUGUUAGGCAUGCGAAGGGACAACGUAAACACAUACAUAUACACAAAUGAGAGUAGAGCCAAUCGAGCUCAACCGCUCUGAAAGUUCCCUUCUUUCAGAGACUGGAUUCGAGCGACUGUGUAAAAAUUUCAUGUAGUUCUGCUAGAUUUCUGUAUUUUCCUAUGAACGACCACAAAACAGAAAGUAUUUCCAUCUUUUUAACUCCCUAAUUUUACUUAGAAAAAUACGUUUUCAUUAGAAAAAGCUUCAACUUUAAAUAAAUUAGAAAAAGCGAAUCAAAACAAAAGCAAUAUAAACAAAUCCACUAGAUUAAUCGAAGCAUGGAUAGCAGAACAAACACAGCCUCACGGCACGCAAAGCUAGCGAAAGAUAUUUAUUAUUUUAUCGUGUAGUAAAUCAGCUCCACUCCCAUUCUGUGUUUAGGCAGCUUGAAGUUAGAAGAAAAAAUCAGCAUAAAACUGCAUUAGAAAACGAAAUAAGAUGAUGAUGAUGAUGCUUAAAAUGCGCACAAUUCCACCUUAAACAGAACAAGGCUUCAGGACAAACAACGCACACAGAACAAACAAGUAAACAUUUUGUAACAAAGCAGUAGUUGAAGAGAACGAAUGUGAAAAAUCCUGCGUUGUUUGCAUGAGAUGCCUAGAAAAGCGCCAUUUUGAUGAUCACGGACAAACAGGAAAACACUAGAAAAAAGAUUGAUCAGAGGAUAAAACAAACAGUAGGCUAGUAGGUGAUUGUAGACGGAGUAGAAGGAGAAGACUCUGGAGAGCGGGAAAGUUCACUCACAUUGAGUGCCGCCAAAACUGAAAACUGAAUCCCACACACACCACAAGCGCACAGAAACACACGCUCGCACGUCAAUCCCGCACACAUACACACCGGCGAACACCAUCAAACGGUAGGGGUGUAACGUGCUAGAGAAAUCCACCACCGCACCGCUAGGUGGAGCAGUUGAACCAGUAGCGGUUGGAGUACGUGGUUGCAGUCCCGAUUCCAGGGUCAGGCAUCCCACGCGCCGCGACCGAUGGUUCGGACUACUGCUCCGCUGCUGCUGGGUGGUGGUUGCCUGCAAUAAGCGAAAGCCGUUGAGCAGAAAUUUUUUCUUAGAGACUCUUGAGUCGGUGUACUUUGGGUGUGCGAAGAUUUACUGCAAGAAGAACAACAGCUGAGGGCAGAAUACAGUUAUACGAAAAUUGUAAUUUAAAUAAAUGCGAUAAUUUAAAAACAGAAAA